UUGUCAGUUGGACUUUCAAAAUUUUUAAAUAAGCCAAUUUUUUGUUGAAAAUUCGUAACGUUCUUAAGAUUCGGUUUUUAUAUUAGAUGAAAGCUUUGUGAGAAAAGCUUCAAUACAUUCUGUUCCUAUCGCCACACUCUAUCCGGCGUCCGUGACUUUAUUGAUUUUUCAGAAUAUCAGCACAACAAGUUGCCAGCUGGCAAGGCGUUUAAUUCAGUGCUAAAAACGGAGUAAUACCACCGUCAGUUGUUGAUCCUGGAAAACUUCCAGAAGAUUGAAACGUUUCCUAGUGACUCAGUUGAAAGUUUAGAUAAAUAACUUCGGGAAUAGUUUAGAUACAUCAACAGUUUUCAGGACCUUAUCUGAAGCCGCGGAAGGCCAUUUCGAACCAUAUUGUUGCCGUUUUUUUUGGAGGAUUAGCAGGUUUUCAACGAGCCAGGGAAGAUGAGUGCCCGGUUUCAGACCCUCGCUGCUAUGGCUUGUAUGAAAUCAUGCUUGAUGAUAUUCAAUUUGGCUUUCUGGACUUCAGGACUGAUUAUCUUAUGUGCUGGAAUAUGGAUGCAAGUUGAACUUCAUAAAUAUUUAGAGCUGAGUGCAGCUUAUAAUAAUUUAAUACCAUUCAUUGUUGUUUUCACUGGAACAAUUAUCGUGUUUGUAGCGACAGCUGCAUGUUGUUGUACUGUUAAAGGUCAACCUUCAUUGUUGUAUCUGUAUGGAUUUUUCUUGGCUGUGAUCUUAGUUCUACAACUGGUUACUGCUGCAGCAAUUUAUGCCUACAAGGAUGCAUUCACUGAAGGUUUCACACGGGGCCUCAAUGAUACUAUGGCAAAUUAUGGAACACAAGAUGCUAUAAAGACUGCAGAGUUUGAUAGUAUGCAAUCUAAACUUCAUUGCUGUGGAAGCCGCGACUACAAGGACUGGAAUGCUUUAAACCCUCCACGACCUGUACCUAGGUCAUGUUGCAUUGUUAAAGGCUGUGAUGUUCAGGAUGAGACUCAAAUAUAUACGCAGGGCUGCUAUACAAAAGUCGUUUCAUUUUUGAAUGGUAACAUGUCGGUAAUCGGUGGAUUGGCUUUGGCACUUACAUUCUUCCCCCUGUUGGGAACAAUAUUGUCCUGUUGUCUGGCAGCAAAUAUUAAUAAAGCCAAAUACGAACAAAUGACUUAAGAGAAACAAUGUCCAUGCUUUUUGUGAAUUAUUUCCAUGCACUGAAAUUUUUCAAUUAUGUUUACUGAAUAAAAAAAAAUAUACAAAAUAUACAUUUAUAAUAAAUUUUUCUCAUGAAUAUUUUUGAUGCUUUUGCUAUAUCUCUGUAGUUGUAUUUUAAGCUAAUUUAUAUAAAAUAUGUUAUACGUAUGUAAGUUGAAUUAUGCAAGGAAGAAAUAAGACAGAUUGGCCAUUUAUUUGGAAGGAACGAUUCGAGUGCUAUAAUUUUAUGUGCAUUUCAAAGUGUUGAUUGCACUUUUGAAUGUAUGUAACAUUGCGUAUACAGUCAAAAUUGAUAUUUUUUAAAAACUUAUACAGUCCAUUUUGUAUUGAUUUUAUGAAACAAAUUAAAUCAAAAAAAAUUUACAAAAAAAAACAAAUAGUAUCAAAUAUAAACCCAUUAAAAUAAACAAAAAAAAAAUUGCUUUGCUUGCGAGCGAGCUAAAUCAACCAAACAAAAAGUUAUCUAAAUCGUGUCUUGUAAGUUUAUGCACAAAUUAAAUUUAUCGUGUUUAUUCUCAACACCAAUUCUCCAGUUUUAAAUCAAUCUAUCAAUCUGACAAAGAAAGUUUUACAGUUUAACAUAUUCACUUUCUUCCACCGAAAAAAAACAAGAUGAUAUCAAAAAAGAUACAAAUCAAAAUAUGCGAAUACAUAUAUCCUUGUCAAUUUACUAAAUCUACAAUGUUUUACCGGAAUCGAGCACUUUUGAAAACAAUUAACUUAAUCUACUUCAUGUUAUACGAUACGUACAUAUUCGAUGGAAAUAUCUAGAACUAUUUAACGUCCUGAUAAAUACUUUAUAUUACUCUAAUGUGCUAUUCUAUGUUGCAUAGGGAAAUUUCAAGGAUGUUGAGGCGAUAAAGAAUAUUGAAAUUGAAACAGGAGUACUUGCCGUUGAUUUAAAUCAUGACAUGUUAUACAUAUUGAAUAUUAAACUAUUUAUGUAAGGGAAGUAAUAAAAAUAUUACCUGAAAAUAACGUCAAA